AUGGCCGACUCCGAUGCUGAAGAAUUGUUAUCAGAGCGUGAAGAUGACGGCGAGCUUGAUAGUUCGACCAUCUCGAAGUGGAAAUGCGUCGAAGAGACGUCAUUAGAGCUCGGGAUUGAUGAUGUGGAGCAACACCUUCUCGCGAAGGCAAGACUAGAGGUCCCCCGGGUGGCUGAGCGUCUGAUGGCGCGUAUCGAGUUUGCAGCGGUGAAUGAAGUAAAACAAAUGCUUGAAGUGGAGCUGUCGUUGUGCUUCUACAGUAUUUCGCCGACAAAGUUCUAUGCUGAUGAAAACAAGAGAUUCGGCCCUGUACAACACGGCAUCGUGUCGCUGGUCACCGAAUUAUUCUUGUGUAGUCAUGUGGCGUCCAGAGUUCAGAUUCUCCGCGCAAUUGUUAAGGCUUCUGAGAGUCCUGACGAGCUAGAACAAGCCUCCGAGAAUCGGUGCAGUGUUUAUCACAACUUGGCGCAGCAGACUUCCGUUCAACUGGUGCAGAAAAUAUUAGGUAUUAUGACCGAUUCAAUCUCGGGUGCAUCCCGAUCUUCAACUGGUAGUGAGAUUCCAUCAGAGUCGGCUCUCAGCACAAUGAAAAACAAGGAGUUGCAACAACUGUGUCGUGAUCAAGGACUCCCAGUGUCAGGAAACAAACUCGGUACUUGA